UUUAUAGAGCUGCAGUUAAGAAGAGCUUUCCCAGAAAUAUGUUAUCAUUACAGAGGAUCUGAGACUGCCUGAAGUCUGUAAACCUGAAGAAGAAAACUUCACGAGAAAGUUUUUUGGUGAUUAAAAAUGUUCCAAAGGAUCAUCGGUCUGCUGCUGCUUCUCAUGGCUGCUUGUUCAGCUCAGAGCACAGGGUCUGUAGCCACCAGCUGUGAGGCCUGUCAUAGUCUGGCUCGAUGCCAUGCCUCCCUCCACGACAACAGUGUCGAGACUGUGGGCGUGUCCUGUCGCUGUGAGGACGGUAUGGUGGGAGAUGGCUUCACCUGCUACAACAAAACCACCUGCAAUGAUGACUGCUGUGGCCAAGGCUUCCGCUGGUCGCCGCUGCAGGGCUGCGUGGACAUCGAUGAGUGUUCACUGCCCAAUCCUUCCUGCGGUCCUGGACAACUCUGCGAAAACACCCAAGGCUCCUUUUCCUGUCUGGUGACGCCUAAUCUACAACGUCAAAACGAAACCACAUCCCGCUCAGUGACGUUUGCCUGCGGGGGCACACAGUGCCCUUUCGGUCAGAGCUGCCUCCAGGUGAAUGGCACAUCUCAAUGCAUUGACCCGUGUCAGCACUACACUCCAUUACAAGACGCAUGGCGAGCCACUGACUUCAGGGUGGACCCAGAGUCUGUGGCCUGCGACAGCCGUACAGAUUGGCAGGGCUGGUACCGCCUCUUCAUCGGUAACAGCAGUGUUCGGAUGCCAGAGAGGUGCAUUGAGAGUCACAUGUGUGGGACCGAUGCUCCGCUAUGGCUGCAAUCUCCCCACCCGCUGGAGUCUGAGGGCAUCGUACGGGCGGAGGUUUGUGGCAGCUGGGAGGAAGGCUGCUGCCAGUUUCACUCCAACCUCAUCCACGUGAAAGCUUGCCCAAGAAACUACUAUGUCUACAAGUUUGUAAGCCCGAACUUGUGUCGUCUAGCUUACUGUGCAGAUGUCAACACCAUGGUGUGUAAUACCUGCGCUGAAGGUGAGACCUGUCUGAGCGACGACAAGAUCAACUGGAGGUGUGGGCAGCCAGCUCCUCAGGUGAGGUUGGUAAAUGGUAACACACCAUGCUCUGGUAGAGUGGAGAUCUUCCAUAACAACCAGUGGGGAACAGUGUGUGAUGAUGGUUGGGAUAUCAACGACGCCGAGGUGGUCUGCCGACAGAUGAGAUGUGGCCCUGUCCAGUCUGCAACUAGUUCUGCCUCCUUUGGACAAGGCACCGGACCGAUCUGGAUGGAUGAUGUUGCCUGUACAGGCAGCGAGUCUUCGCUAUCAGAAUGUGGACAUCCAGGGUUUGGCACUCAUAACUGUGGCCAUGGUGAAGAUGCUGGAGUCGUCUGUUCUGCUCCGACGGUGAGGUUGGUAAAUGGUAACACACCAUGCUCUGGCAGAGUGGAGAUCCUCCAUAACAACCAGUGGGGAACAGUGUGUGAUGAUGGUUGGGAUAUCAACGACGCCGAGGUGGUCUGCCAACAACUGAAAUGUGGCCCCGUCCAGUCGGCAACUGGUUCUGCCUCCUUUGGACAAGGCACCGGACAGAUCUGGAUGGAUGAUGUUGCCUGUACAGGCAGCGAGUCUUUGCUAUCAGAAUGUCGACAUCCAGGGUUUGGCACUCAUAACUGCGGCCAUGGUGAAGAUGCUGGAGUCGUCUGUUCUGCUCCGAAAUCUCAGGUGAGGUUGAUAAAUGGUAACACACCAUGCUCUGGUAGAGUGGAGAUCCUCCAUAACAACCAGUGGGGAACAGUGUGUGAUGAUGGUUGGGAUAUCAACGACGCCAAGGUGGUCUGCCGACAGCUGAGAUGUGGCCCCGUCCAGUCUGCAACUGGUUCUGCCUCCUUUGGACAAGGCACCGGACAGAUCUGGAUGGAUGAUGUUGCCUGUAGAGGCAGCGAGUCCUUUUUAUCAGAAUGUCGACAUCCAGGGUUUGGCACUCAUAACUGCAACCAUGGUGAAGAUGCUGGAGUCGUCUGUUCUGCUCCGACGGUGAGGUUGGUAAAUGGUAACACACCAUGCUCUGGUAGAGUGGAGAUCCUCCAUAACAACCAGUGGGGAACAGUGUGUGAUGAUGGUUGGGAUAUCAACGACGCCGAGGUGGUCUGCCAACAACUGAAAUGUGGCCCUGUCCAGUCGGCAACUGGUUCUGCCUCCUUUGGACAAGGCACCGGACCGAUCUGGAUGGAUGAUGUUUCCUGUACAGGCAGCGAGUCUUUGCUAUCAGAAUGUCGACAUCCAGGGUUUGGCACUCAUAACUGCCAACAUGGUGAAGAUGCUGGAGUCGUCUGUUCUGCUCCGAGAUCUCAGGUGAGGUUGGUAAAUGGUAACACACCAUGCUCUGGUAGAGUGGAGAUCCUCCAUAACAACCAGUGGGGAACAGUGUGUGAUGAUGGUUGGGAUAUCAACGACGCCGAGGUGGUCUGCCGACAGAUGAAAUGUGGCCCCGUCCAGUCUGCAACUAGUUCUGCCUCCUUUGGACAAGGCACCGGACAGAUCUGGAUGGAUGAUGUUUCCUGUACAGGCAGCGAGUCCUUUUUAUCAGAAUGUGGACAUCGAGGGUUUGGCACUCAUAACUGCAACCAUGGUGAAGAUGCUGGAGUCGUCUGUGCUGCUCCGACGGUGAGGUUGGUAAAUGGUAACACACCAUGCUCUGGUAGAGUGGAGAUCCUCCAUAACAACCAGUGGGGAACAGUGUGUGAUGAUGAUUGGGACAUAGAUGACGCCAGGGUGGUCUGCCGACAGCUGAGAUGUGGCCCCGUCCAGUAUGCAACUAGUUCUGCCUCCUUUGGACAAGGCACCGGACCGAUCUGGAUGGAUAAUGUUGCCUGUACAGGCAGCGAGUCUUCGCUAUCAGAAUGUCGACAUCCAGGGUUUGGCACUCAUGACUGCGGCCAUGGUGAAGAUGCUGGAGUCAUCUGUUCUGCUCCAAAACCUCGGCUGAGGUUGGUAAAUGGUAACACACCAUGCUCUGGUAGAGUGGAGAUCCUCCAUAACAACCAGUGGGGAACAGUGUGUGAUGAUAAUUGGGACAUCAACGACGCCAAGGUGGUCUGCCGACAGCUGAGAUGUGGCCCUGUCCAGUCUGCAACUAGUUCUGCCUACUUUGGACAAGGCACCGGACCGAUCUGGAUGGAUCAGGUUUCCUGUACAGGCAGCGAGUCUUUGCUAUCAGAAUGUGGACAUCGAGGGUUUGGCACUCAUAGCUGCAACCAUGGUGAAGAUGCUGGAGUCGUCUGUUCUGAUGAACUUGGUGGUUUUCCAGAGCCGGAGUUGGUGUGUGGACAGGAUCACCUGCGUCUGACAGUCCAGAAGAGGCAGUUGGAGGAACGAGGGCUGAACGCCUCCUCCGCUCACCUGAUCGACCCGCGCUGCCACCAGCAGGUCGACCAGCAGGAGGCGAUGUGGUACCUGGUGCAGCGAAGGAAGGGUAGCUGUGGAAACGUGGUAGAGACAAACGGCUCCCACAUUACGUACUCCAACAUUUUGUUCGUGUACCCGUCUGAUUUGUCCAACGACUCGCUCUCCGUCCCGAUGAGCAUCCCGUUCUCCUGUGUCUUCCCGCUCGAUGACAUCACCAGCCUCGACGCCGCCAUUCGAUACCAGCUGCCUCGUAGAGUCGGCGUGGUGCGUUCAGGGGCCCCCACCAGGGCGCGGAUGACUCUGUACGAAAGGCCGGACUACAGCGAGCCGUUCCCCGCUGGCCCGGUCAGCCUACCGCUGGGCGCUGCCCUGCACGUCGGCGUCUCUGUGGAAAACUACGACAACAACCGCUUCGUGCUCCUUCUGGAGCACUGCUACGUCACAAACUCGCCGAGCGCCGACGAUCCUGCCAGAUAUGACCUGAUCCAGAACAGGUGUCCAGUUGACCGUCGCCAUGUGAAGGUGGCGGAAAGUGGUGUGUCUCAGCGAGCUCGCUUCUCGGCGCUGCUCUUCCUCUACCACGGGACGUAUGAGGACGUUUAUCUGCACUGCCGGAUCAGCCUGUGUGACCGGGACAGCGCCCCCUGCAGCCCUAACUGUUCCAGGCGAAGUGCUCGGUCCGCCAACGCGGCCAAUCAGCUUCCUGUCACUGUUGGACCAAUCAGCUGGUCAUAACAACAGCGCUGAGGCUGCAGAGGAAUCAACUUCCUGUUGCUGAGGAGAAUGUUGAUUACUUCACUUUAUUACACAACAGUUUGGGUAUUUUCUAAAACAGCUGAUUUGAUCGUCACACUGUCAGAGUGAUCGUUUCCUAAAAUAAAACAAGCAGAUUAAACUGAACAUCUGACUUUAUUUUGUGAUGAAA